CCAGCUCAAUUUCUUGUUGGGUUGGCUGUGAUCAUAGGGCUGCCAGCUGCCCUCCUCACCCUGCCUCUGGAGCUUACUGUCCUCUACAACUCCCUGCUUUUCACUAUGGGAUCAUCUGACUCUGCCAUCAAAGGAGAAGCAGAAGAAAUACGCCAGGGGCUCCUCAGGGUUCUGGAGGCUUGUGGGGCCUGCGGGCAGGAUCUUAGUACCGAGGAGCUGUGGCAGAAGGUGCUGCAGGAGGUAACCGCAGAGGAGCUGCAGGCACCUUUGCACCGACUGGGGGCCUUGCAAGCAGCGUGGUGGCUGGCAGCCAGCCGCCUGGCAAGCAUCGCUGGCCUGUUCCGGCUCCUGAGCAAUGCUGAGGACCCAGGAAGAGCUCACUGCAGCAGUGGGGAGAACGAACUUCUCUCCCUCCUCAAGGCAUGGCGAGUACCUGCUGAGGAGGCCUCUCUGCUCCUUGUACAGAGCACCGAGGACUUGAAAGAGAUCCUCUGCACCGCAGCAGCCUUCCUGCAAGGGCUCCAGGAGCUGGAGGCUGGGAACUUCCCCACUGCCCUCUCCCUUCUUCAGGAGGCUGCGGGAGGAUUCUGCUCCAAGAGGAUCCUGGCCCAGAUCUACAUCUGCCUCGGCUGCUGCGCUCAGCGAAUGAAAAAACCCUCGCCUCCUCAGACAGCCCUUCAGCAUCUGAAACGGGCCCUCCAGGUAGACUUUCAGUGCCUUCCUGCCCUGUCCCACGCGGCUGCAGUGUACCACAAGCUGGGGGAGACCGAUGCGGAGCUGCAGGCCUUGGCUCUGCUCUAUGAGGCUCUGGAAAAAAACCCUCCAGUAGCUGCUUCCUCUAGUCCAUUCUUCCUAAUGCGUACUGAGCUUCUUGUCCACACGCCACUACUAGCUUCUCUCCUUCGCCAUCGCCACCCCUCUGAAGUGAAGUACCUGCUGGCACAGCGGUGUCUCCAGGAUGGGAGGGUGGCUGAUGCAGUGGAGCAUUACCUGGAUUUUCUGGCCCUGCUUCAGGAGGGGCUGCAGCAGCAGGUGCCCCUAGAUGGUGGCUCAGCUCUGCCCAGGAUCCCUGAGGUGUUCCUGGAAGCAGCGUCUGCCUUGGAGCAGGCCGGGAGGCACCAGGAUGCCAUAACAAUGUGCGACGAGGUCAUCAGCCGGACGACUGACCUGAUCCCACGGAUGUUACCAGCGGAGGAGAGGCUGGAGCAGGCGGAAUGCCCAUUGCCAGGGGCAGGGCUGGCGGGUGGACUUCUGUCCCAGAAGGAGAGUCUAUGCUGCCUUGCCUGGAGAGCAGCUGGAUACCUGCACCAGGGCUGGGCAUGGGCCAAGCUGAGUGAGAGCAAGGAGGCCGUAACGCAAUUCAGCAGGUGCCUUGGUGAUAUCUUGCGAGUCCAGCUUUAUGGGUAUGGCGUUGAACCAACAGAUGAUCUCCUGCCAGAAGUGGAGGUGCUCCAGAAGAUCAGGUUGCUCGCUCUCAUCGGGCGAGGUAUGCAGUUCCUGGAGCUGGGGAGGCACAAGGAGGCCUUGUUGGAUUUCCAGCACGGUUUGCAGAUCUCGCCAG